AUGUCGUUUGCAAUCAAAUGGUUCCGGAAGAGAAGACGCGACCGGGACCAGGAACAAUGCGGAUGUCAGAGGGAAGCCUCCCGCCAUGAUAACACAGCGAUCCGGCCAGAUCCGACCGAAACUCCUUCACAAGAUGGUGACAAUCUCCAAACCGGAACGGUUUUUCUGGAAGAUGUAGACGUUGUUAACGAAGAAAAUACUAGGUCGUCACCGGGACGGUUAGGUCUGAAUGAUCUCCCAGACGAGCUCCUCCUGAGGAUUGUUUCCUUCAUCAGCCCACUAGACAGAGCCUUCAUCAAUCUCAAGCUCUCAUCUAAAAGGUUCCUCACCAUCACCAGCGAUUCCUCCCUCUACCAUCUCACCACCCUCAAGGUGCCCUCGGAAUCACCCUUCUCAUUCGACGUACUGCAACGUGUACUUCGUGUCUCGGGGAAAACCAUGCUCGGCGUGGAUCUGUCCGGGUGUGAGGACGUCACCGACUAUACGUUGUUCCGAGUCGUGGCCCGAUGUAGCUUGUUGGGAUGGUUGAACAUCUCGGGGUGCAAGCAGGUUACCAAUGCCGGCCUAGGAGUGAUCGGUAAUAACCUCAAGUGCUUACGGAGGAUCGACAUCAGCAGCUGCCCGUUCAUAACAUGCUCAGGGGUUGUCCAGUUGUUCAAGAUGCUUGGUAAGACGCUGACUUUCAUCAACAUCAACGACUGUCUUGGCUUCCGGGAAGACCCUCAUAAACUGGUGUCACUGGCGUUCUUCUGCACCUCUUUGAGACACCUCUCUGUGGGAUGGUCGAGAGACUUGGUCAAACUCAACCCUCUCCUGGACAUGGAUCUGGACAGGUUAACCCAGGGCUGUAUGCAUUUGGAGUACCUGGACAUCAGUUAUAGCCACUCGACCAACGGCAGCAUGCAGAGCAUAGCCCGCAACUGCCCUGUCCUGACCACCCUUGUAGCCAGGCAGUGCUUCCUCCAGGACAUCGGGCUAGAACACAUAGGACGGGGUCUCCCGAGGCUAGAAUGGCUGGACCUGACGGAUUGUUGGUACAUCACAGACAUUGGGUUGGAGAGUCUCGCCAACGGCUGCCCUCUGCUCCGUGGGAUUAUCCUGACCCGCUGCCACGAGGUCCGGGGAACAGGGGUGGUAAAGGUAGCAGCUACCUGUCUCAAGCUAGAAACCUUCGUGCUGAAACAGUGCUUCAAGAUCGACAGCCACGCCAUCGAAUGCAUUGGAUUCUGUGCCAAGAAGCUUCGCUACCUCGACGUCAGUUACAACCAGAAUGUUACCGAGGACACGAUGAAGAAACUCAUCGACAGCAACAGGAAACUCAGGGUUGUGACGGAGGGUUGCCCACGAGUACCGAGAGGGGGCGCCCUGUCGAGGUUUCCAUUCACGAAGAAGGACCCCGCCUGUUUUGUGAUCUGGGAAACUGCAGUUUAAAUCUUACAAUAUUGUAAAAUCGAGACAGAGAAAAUGUAUCUGUUGAUGUCAUUGAAUGAAUUUAUUUUGAGAAGGAAGUUUCCAUCCACCAUCCUCACCCAGUAAACCGUUUUAGCACAAG